AAAACGCACAUUGCGCCGGCAUAUUUUUGUUUUUAUUUUAUUAAUUUAAUAAAUUCGACUGAAAUUAAUCAUUUUCAAUGGCUGUUUCGUGCUUUGACUUUUUGGGCUUUCAAGAGGCUCUAAGAAAGAUGCGCGAUGUGGACGAUAAAAUAAUCUACGCUCUUAAUGCUCUUCCUACGGAAUCGUUCAAGGGACAAGUGAAUAGUGAGAGCACUUGCCGCGAUUUGUACGCCAAGCUGCAGCAGUCACAUCUUGCACGGCAAACCAACAUACGUAAUUGCAUAACCUUGUCGGCGACAACAUUGAAGAAGCUACGCGAGCAGAGAGAAGCGCAACCCAAUGAUGUGGACACCGAUAGCCAAUUUAAGGCAGAGCAGCGGAAACUGAGAGUAUUGCAAGCGGAACUUAAUGUGGAAGAUAUUAUCAAGGAACGUACAUACAAAGCAUUUAAUGAACGCUGUAGAACCUAUUUUCAUGCUGGCCAAUGAAUUUGUAGGCUGACGGAGCUGAUAACAGCGUGCAAUGAAGGCAGUGCAGUAAAUUGCUUAGUUGUAAGUGAAAUUAUUAGUAAUAUAAACAGACAGGUACUGCCUAGUAAUAUGUUACUAACUAACCGUGCUGUUUACAAGCAUUUGGAACUUUAUUUUGCCAAUAAAUACAUAAAACAAUAA